GGUGGUGCGUCCGUAUAAUACCGGAUAAUGGAAAUGUAUACAAAGCCAACUCAAAAUUUAUACACCAUUUUACACGGAUUAUUAGCCACACAUGAGAGCGCGCAAGGUGGAGACCGCACUACGUCGCGUGCUGCGUGCAGUGAGGCCGCUUGUUGGUAGUGAAGUGAAUGGUCGUAAUGUGCAGACGGCGGCAGUACAGACCACAGCCUUUUCCGGCUUGAAUGUGUCGUCUCUGAGCCAAGCAAAGCGUCUAAACGUUGCGAUGGUUGGUGGCACCUUGGCGCUGGCUGCAGCACUGAAUAACGAGGCACAAAACGAGCAGAAGAAGGAGGAAGACGUCAAAGGAGGCUACAGAGUGAAUCCAAUCCAGAAUGUGACUGCGCUACUUCGUCUGUAUGAGCAGAUCGACCAGAACAUGAGUGUCUUCGCGGCGCGGAUGCUGGAGGACCUGGAACGCAGCGUGGAGAAAGAAAAGAAAGCGAACGGCGGCAAACUCACGCUGUCACCAGAGCAGCGCGCACUGAACAUGAGCAUCGCUUUCGAAUCCACACUCGAGAAGGUGCAGGACGCCGUCUUUCGUAACAAUUACGUGACUAAGGAUCAGGUACAGGAGGCCAUGCAGCAGCUUGUCACCGGCACUCUGCGCGGUGGAGGCCCUGAUGGCAAGAUCACCGUAGCCGAGGCGGAAACAAUCGACGACUUUGUGCGCAAGCUCGGACGGUUGCGAUGGAAGGUUACAGGCUCGCGCGAGCCGCUGAUCCCCGGCGCCAAGUCGACUUGGGUAUGUUGGGAGACCUGCUUGGUUGACUGGAAACGGUAGGCUGAUACUCUCGAGUGUAUUUUACUACAGAUGGUGCCUGAGGAGAAGCCCGAUAUUGAAGUCACGACGGUGAUUCGCGUCAUGGAGGAACUGAUCCCGUCACUGACAGCAGAGAUGGAGAAGAUUGCCACGUCUCUUCGCAAGCAGAAGUUGGCGGACGCUGAGUUCCGCAGCCAGCUCUCGCAGCAGUAUGUGAAGGCAUCCGGCAAGAUGACCGAGGAGAUCUGCAAGAAGUUCAAGCUAGACAUGCGCGCCUUCCAAGCUGCACUCAUGUACUACCACGACAACGACCAGUUCGAGAAGACACUAGCCAAGCUGGCUGAACAGCAGCAGAAGAGAUUCAAGGAGCUUGGAUUGUAAGACUCUGAAAGAUCCAUUUGUUGACCGCGUGUGGUGCGGCUUAAUCCCUGAGAUCUCUCUAUCUACCCUUCUCACUACAGGAAACGCGGCAGCCUAUAGAGACCCCACGCCGCCUUGUAGCAGCCAAAAAUGACGAGAAGUUGAGUAUCCAUUUC